GGAUGAAGGACUUGGAGAGCGCGCAGGAGAGAACCCGGAAGUGGAGCGCUGCAGGUAAUGUCGCGGGAGACCCAGAACUGGGUCCUGGCCGGCUCGGCCCCCGCCCAGGACUGGAUGGAGGAGCCACGGCGCGGGAAUGUCAGGGGCCAGGCAGAUCCAGGCCGCUGAUGGAAGGGAACACCCCUGAUGGCACAGGCCCCAUGCACGUGCCGUUUGGGCACAUUGUGGCCAAUGAGAAAUGGCGCGGGUCGCAGCUGGCACAGGGAAUGCAAGGAAAAAUUAAACUUGUUUUUGAGGAUGGACUGACACCGGUAGAUUUUUACUUGUCUAGCAGAUCCUGCAUUCUUUAUAUCACUGAAGCUGAUUUGGUGGCAGGAAAUGGCUACAGAAAGAGACUUGUUCGGGUUAGAAAUUCCAGUAAACUUCAAGGGAUUGUAGUAGUUGAAAAAACGCAGAUGAGUGAACAGUACUUUGCAGCUGUACAGAAAUUUACUGUGCUGGAUCUUGGGAUGGUGUUGCUUCCAGUGGCCAGCCAGACGGAAGCGUCCUGUCUCAUUAUCCAGUUGGGAUCGAACCUGCACCCCCUACAUUGGAAGGGCAGAGUCUUAACCACUGGACUGCCAGGGAAGUCCCGCCAUGUAUCUUUUGUUAAGCAUCAGCACUUCUGUCUGCAAGUUCAUGUGUUGUUUUUUUUUCACCUAGUGGUUUUCCAUAUAGUUCAUCUUUUAAUAAUUUUACUGAUGCCUGAAAAAUUAUAUUCGUGGUAUAUAUGAGAAUAUUUGCAGUGGUGAAUCAAGCUGAACCAAAUGGAAAAACUAAAACUAAAUUUCCACAAAACAAAACUUUAAGAAACCUCCAGUCUUCUAGAGGGCAGUCAUGUGCUUUUCCUUUCAUCUCGGUUCAGGUUCAAGAGCAAACCAAAGAGCCCAGUAAGAACCCUUUUCUCAGGAAGAAACGGGCUCUGAUCUCUGAGCCAGCCCUCCUUCGAACUGUGCAACAGAUCCCAGGAGUCGGGAAAGUUAAAGCUCCUCUCCUGCUUCAGAGGUUUCCAAGUAUCCAGCAACUAAGUAAUGCUUCCAUCCAAGAACUGGAGCCGGUGGUUGGACAAUCAGUGGCCCAGCACAUUCAUGCGUUCUUCACCCAGUCCAGGUGAUGGCUUUUCCCACGGCAUCUCCUUUACACCACGAACUACAGGAUCUUGUUUUCUUUCACAUUAAGAAACAAUAUUUCCUCUCACAGAAACUAGGGAAGGAUGAAGUGAGGCCUGAAUGGCACCUGCCAGUUGUCCUGCCCUGCUUUCUGGGCUCAGGCAUUUACUUCAGUUAGUGUGCCCCAGAUGGCACUGCCUGCAUCCUGCUAGCAUGAAGAGGGCUGGUGGACACCUUCCUAAGGGAGUCGGUUUAAACAGGGACUCUCUCAAGAUUCAGCAAAAAGCCAGCUUGGGCAGAUUUUAAUGUGUGACGUUGACCUGUAUGUAUCAUGGAAGGUGGUGGAUGUGACCGUCUAAAGGAAACAAACCUACAAUGAAUGAAGCACUGUGUACCAUAAGCCCCUUGUUCCUUCUGGCAGAGCCACAGUUCUUCAGGUCUGGUCUUAAUACACCUGUGCUUUGAGGGUGGCUGCCAGUGUAAACAAACAAUUGUACUGCCUUUUUUCUUCCUUUCUCCCUCCAUCCCUCCCUUCCGGGUAGCUGCACAGUUUGUAAUCACUGAGCAUGACUUCUGAACACAGAAAGCCUGGAGUCCAGAGUUCCCAUUUUAAAAUAAAAAGCCAAUGUGUGCGAGGGAGGGAAAGAAUGUGUUUGUCAAUGUAUAGCCCAACAAUGGGAAGAGACACGGGAAAAUGGCAGGGGCAGCUGCAUCCAGAGAGGAGAGCCUGGGGAUCAAAAUGCACAACUGCUCAUUCAAAAAAUAAAUACAAUUAAAGAGGCUAUAUGUUUUCAGGGAUACUAAGAUAA